AACGACGCUCGCAAAUUUAAAAAAAUGCGUGUAUUGUUUAGAUAGGGAGCGAAAAUUGCUGGUUUGCGAGCACAAAAUUAGUUAUAAUCAAAGUACUAGCGAAUACCAGUGUUAUCAACAGAUAACUAAACCGUGGAAAGGCCGAUAGUUCGCCUUCUAAUGAGUCGUUGUCCGUAUCAUCAGUAAUCGAGCUGCACGAUGUCGGUGAUCAACUCUGAUUCAAAUGUGAAAGACAUCAAUCAAACUGCGUUGGAGACAAGAAUAUGUGUUGUUAGUGAUGAUACUGCCAACUAUGAUGGAUUAAAUCAGGCACUUCAAGAAUUGGAAUGUACUGUGGUAUAUUCCACCAAUGGUUUAGAGUAUAUUGAUGAUGCUGCUGAUAAAUAUGAUACAGUAUUUGUUUUUAAUAACUUUGAAGGGAGGGACUAUGACUGCUUGCAUAAAAUGGACCAUAGAAUCAUGGGUCCUCCUGUUAUACUAAAAUGUGCAAACUCUAAAGAGCCUCUGCCGUAUAAUACCAGGCCACUGUACUGUACUCUAAUGUCACAACUCAUAAUCUGUUUCACGGGUUUCCGAAACAAAGCAGAGAUUACACGACUUGUUAAUCUAGUACAUCACAUGGGUGGAAGUAUUCGUAAAGAUUUUAGUACAAGAGUUACACAUCUGGUUGCAAAUACAACAAAUGGAAACAAAUAUCGAACAGCAGUAAGUCUUGGUACACCAGUAAUGACAGAACAGUGGGUCCACCAAGCAUGGAGUACAAGACAUGAUUCUACAGGAUCUGCUAUCGAUGAGGACAUGAUGCAGUAUAAAAUGAUGCCUUUUUUCUGUUGUUGUCUGAGUUUUAUGGGUUUCUCUGAUGAAGAACAAAAACACAUGGAAGAAGUCACACAAAUGCAAGGUGGAUCAUCUGCUCCAGUCGGUGAUAAAAGUUGUACGCAUUUAGUUAUUGAUGAUGUCACUGUAAAAGACUUACCAUUUGAAUGCAAUGGUAAAAUUCACAUAGUCAAGUCUGAGUGGUUUUGGGGUAGUAUACAGAUGGCUGCAUGUGCAGAUGAAACCAUGUACCGUUUCACAAAGGUCGAUUCAUCAGAUCAUAAGACUUCUACUCCAGGCACACCAGUAGCUCGCUCUCGAAAACGUAGACGGUUACGAGAGAGCAUAGCAGCUUUGUCAAAAGAGAGUGAACAUGAAUCCCCACAUGUGCCUCCAAGAAAGAGAAGAUCCAGUGACAUGGGAAUGCUGUCUAUGUCUGGUUCCUUCUUAGAUGCCUCUCAUACACCGGAUUCAUCCAUCACUCUUAGAACUGCUUGUACACCUCAGUCGGUGGAUACGGCACCAACCACACCGCCUGCACCACCUAAACGAAUAAUAAGCAAACGAGAACAUAUUGCGAUGGAAUUAUUACAAACUGAAAGUAAUUAUGUUGGUAUCUUACAUACAAUUAUCAAGGUUUUCAAAGAGCCACUAGAACAAAAUCAGACAGGCGGUCCACUUAUACCAGCUGAAGACAUCAAGACUAUAUUUGGAAGUAUACCUAUUAUAUAUGAAGUGCAUAUGAAAUUGAAAGAAGAUCUGUCUGAAUUAUUAGCUGACUAUAGUGAUGACAAAAGUAUUGGUGAAAUAAUACUCAGACAUUCUAGUGGUAUGAUGAAAGCAUAUCCUCAGUUUGUCAAUUACUUUGAAAUGACAAAAGAAACCGUUAACAAAUGUGACAAGCAAUUUCCGAGGUUUCAUGCUUUUCUCAAGAUUUGUCAAAGUAAACCUGAGUGUGGUAGACAGACACUUUGUGAAUUAUUAAUAAGACCAGUACAAAGGUUACCAAGUAUGAUAUUGCUAUUACAAGAUUUAUUAAAACGUACAGAUUCUUCCAGUCCAGAUCUUGAACAGGUAGAAAAGUCUAUAACAGCUGUGAAAGAAGUCACCAA